AUGGGAAAUAGAAAGAAGCGCACAAGUGCUUUUAAACCAACUCUCAAAAAAGGAAUGGAAUACAUUACAAGCAACACUGAAAAUGAAGCAAGCAACAAACGCGCCUACCAACCAUCACCAACUCGUGGAGAAGAAACAAGAAAACGGUCGCGUCUUGCUUUAACUGACUCUGACAAAUCUUGGCAAAAUAAUUUGCUAAAUACGGUCAACAAUUUUGAAGACAAAGAUAAAACUAAAGUUGUCGAUGACGGUAAUGUUUUUGAGAAAGACGCAAGCCAUUUGGAAGAUGAAAAUACAGGCGUGAAUUCGGGCGAAGCGGAAGAUGAAAAUACAGGCGUGAAUUCGGGCGAAGCGGAAGAUGAAAAUACAGGCGAAAUUAAAAAUGUAGUAUCCGAUAAAGAAAUAACGCCUGUCAAAACACAAAUCGAAUCUUCCUCUACUUCUGACACAAUUGAUCUUACUCGGAACGUCGCGCCAGAAUUUAUUCCCUCUUCAUCAAAGAUUCCUGAUGAAUUCGAUUUGGUGAUUGGAAGUACAACUAACUUUCUUGAAGCUGGGCCUUCUAACGAACCUGUCGGGCUUUCACGAGAAUCGUCAUUCCUUAGAGCAGCUGAUGCCUUAACCUUAGAUGACACCGAAUUAGAAGACGAUGAUGAUUCCGAUUCAUCUGCUAAAAAAUUUUGUGAAAACAAAUUACAAUUAUUGAAAGCACAAUAUCGGAGAACAACUUCAGCUACAUCUUCGCGCAAAUCUCAAGAGGAGCGAUUGCUCGCCUUAUUAGAAGAAAUUAAUAAAGCUGAAACCUUAGACCCACAAGAUCGAGUCGGUACGCCGGAAAACCUGAUUCCCACAUUGAUGGAGCAUCAAGUAAUCGGUUUAACUUGGCUGAUAAAGAAAGAAGAAAGUACCAAUCAUGGAGGAAUCUUAGCCGAUGAAAUGGGUCUAGGCAAAACUAUCCAAUCAAUGGCACUAAUAUUGGCACGUCCUUCUCAAAAUAAUACGCGAAAACCAACGUUAGUAGUAACCCCUGUCUCGCUAAUGCAUCAAUGGGCUCAUGAGUUUGAAACUAAGACCCGCGGUUUAAGUGUUUUUGUGCAUCACGGCAAGAACCGAUUAUCAAGCAAUAAAAAGUCCCAAAAAUAUGAUGUCGUUAUCACAAGCUAUCCGACUGUCGCCGCGGAAUUUGAAUCAAGAUCAGCACCACUUAUAAAAACUAAAUGGCACAGAGUCAUUCUCGAUGAAGCCCAAUCAAUUAAAAACCAGAAAACAAAAGCAGCAAAAGCUUGUUGUUCUAUAGACAGUUUAUAUCGCUGGUGUUUAUCGGGCACUCCCAUCCAAAACAAUAUCGAAGAGUUGUAUUCGUUGAUUAAAUUCCUUCGAAUUGAACCUUAUUGCGAUUGGAAGGAGUUUAGACAAGACUUUAUCAAACCAUUCUCUACUAGGAAUCACUAUGCAAACGAACUCAUGACGAAGCGAUUGCACGUGGUCUUGAAAUCAAUUCUUUUAAGAAGAAAUAAGAACACAACAAUCAACGGGAAGCCAAUUAUUGUUCUACCUCCUCGUGAUGUUCAAAUCGCGAACACCGAAUUUACGCCUGAUGAACGCGAAUUUUAUACGGCUUUGGAGACAAAGAGCAGACUAACUUUCAGCCGAUAUUUAAAAGACGGAUCAGUAAUGAGGAAUUACUCGAAUAUCCUUUUAUUAUUACUUCGGCUUCGACAGGCGUGUUGCCACCCUUAUCUUAUUAAAGACCGCCAUGAAACUGAAGGUGAUGGCGAAAAUAGUUCACAAGUUAGUUUGGAGGAUAUUUUCACGAAAUUAUCGGAAGACAUCGUAACCAGAUUGAAAGAACAAAAUCUUGAUCAAAAGGAAUGUCCUAUUUGCUAUGAUUCGGCUGUGGAUCUUUCGAUAAUUGUAGGAUGCGGUCAUUCUUAUUGUCGUGAGUGUUUGGAUAGUUUGGAGUCCAAAAGCAAGAAAGGAAAAGGAAAGGCCAAAGCUGAAGACGAAUAUAGAUAUAAACUACCAUCUAUAAUUCCGGAAAUAGAAAAUUGGGUGCCAAGCACUAAAAUUGAGCGUACAAUAAGCCUCAUCAAAGAAUUUAAAAGUAAAGCGCCAAGCGAUAAGACCAUCAUCUUUAGCCAAUUCACCACAUUCUUGGAUCUGGUGGCAUUUCAACUUCAUGAAAAUGACUUCAAAUUUGCCCGGUAUGAUGGGAAAAUGGACACCUAUCAACGAAACGCAGCUAUCAAGGCCUUUGAGCAGCAAAACGAUUUGAAUAUUUUAUUAGUCAGUUUGAAAUGUGGCGGGGUUGGAUUGAAUUUAACAGUUGCAAAUCAGGUGAUCAUGUUAGAUCCAUGGUGGAAUCCUGCGAUGGAAAAUCAAGCCAUUGACAGAGUUCACAGAAUAGGACAAACGAAACCCGUUGAAGUACAUCGAAUCAUUAUUCCCAACACUAUCGAGCAAAAAAUCCUUGAUCUUCAAGAGAAAAAACAGCAAUUGGCGUCAAAGGCAUUAGGUGAAGGUGGAACAGCACAACUUGGUCGUCUUGGGCUUCAAGAAUUAUUAUAUCUAUUUCGAGACUAA